AUGCCUGACAACACAGAUGACUAUCACGUUCAGGACGAAGUGCUACGGCAUAGUCUUGAGGAUCCUGAAGAAUUCUGGAGACACCAGGCUGAGCAACUUCACUGGCAUAAGCCGUUCUCCUCGACAAUUCAACUGACACAGAAGACAUUGAAAAAUGGUAUUACACAUGACAGCUGGGAGUGGUUCCCUGAUGGCGAGAUAUCCACAUGUUACAACUGCGUUGAUCGACAUGUUCUUGGUGGCUACGGAGACUCAGUUGCUAUCUACUUUGAUAGUCCUGUAACAAACACCAAGGAAACUUACACCUACCGUCAACUACUUCACGAAGUCGAAACACUCGCCGGUGCUCUAAGGGAGCAGGGAGUAAAGAAGGGUGAUGUUGUUAUGUUGUAUAUGCCUACGAUUCCUGCCGCAGUUAUAGGUAUCCUUGCAAUCAACCGCCUCGGUGCCAUCCACUCUAUUGUCUUCGGAGGCUUUGCCCCGUAUGCCCUGGCUCAGCGCAUCGAUUCAUGCCAUCCGAUAGCCAUACUUACAGCUUCAUGCGGUAUUGAUGGCAACAAGCCUCCGAUUGCUUACAAGCCUCUGGUGGAAGAAGCAAUCCAGCUAGCUUCUCAUAAACCACAUAACACCAUUGUUUGGCAAAGGGAUCAGCUCCGAUGGGAUAUUAACCAUGGCGCUGGUCAGAUGGACUGGAAGAGUCUGACCGAUAGUGCCCGAUCUCAAGGGAUUAAAGCAGACUGUGUCCCUGUUAAGAGCACCGAUCCUGUCUAUAUUAUUCAUACUUCCGGCACGACUGGAACUCCCAAAGGCGUGUUACGCGACGCUGGUGGCCAUGCUGUCGGUCUUCAUCUUUCUAUCAGCUACCUGUUUCACAUCACUGGGCCUGGCUGUGUUUCCUUCACUGCCUCAGAUAUUGGCUGGAUCGUCGGCCAUUCUUACAUUAUUUACGGUCCCCUUCUCUCUGGAGCUGCUACUGUAUUGUACGAAGGAAAACCUGUUGGAACACCAGACGCAUCUGCAUUCUGGCGGAUAGUUGAGGAGUACAAAGUCAACACGAUGUUUACUGCGCCAACAGCUCUUCGUGCCAUCAGACGGGAUGAUCCAAACAGUCAAAUGUUUAUCAAUUACGGCAAACGAGGGGCUCUCAAGAGUUUGAGAGGUUUGUUCCUCGCUGGAGAACGUUCUGAACCGACUCUUAUUGAGAAUUACCAGAAUCUCAUGACGAGGUAUUGCGCUCCAAACGCCCAGGUGGUCGAUAACUGGUGGUCAACGGAGGUCGGCUCGCCUAUCACAGGAAGAGCACUCGUCCCACAUGCUGGCAAGGACCGAAGAACCGAUGUCAGAGGACAUCAACCUCCCUGCUUGCGGGCUGGCAGUGCUGGAAAAGCAAUGCCAGGCUUCGAUGUUCGCAUCGUUGACGAUGAAGGUGUCGAGGUGGAAAGAGGAUCCAUGGGAAACAUCGUUUUAGCAAUGCCCCUUGCUCCGACCGGAUUCCGGACUCUGUGGCAAGACGAAGAGCGAUUCUGGAAGGGUUAUCUGAAAAGAUUUGAGGGCAAAUGGCUUGAUACCGGUGAUUCGGGCUGGAUCGACCAGCAAGGCUACAUCCAUGUGAUGGCAAGAAGUGACGAUGUCCUAAACGUCAGCGCCCAUCGUCUCUCCAGCGGAUCGAUUGAGCAAGCUAUUGCAACACAUCCACGCGUUGUUGAGGUUUGCAUCAUUGGUAUACCAGACUCACUCAAAGGCCAACUGCCCUUUGCUUUUGUGACUCUAUCGGAACAGUUCGCUUCGGAUCCAGCAACUCCGAAUCAGCAAAUUGUCAAGGAAAUCCAACAGCUGGUGCGCGGCCAGGUUGGCGCCAUAGCUUCCUUGGGCGGUGUCAUCCAGGGAAAGUGUAUGAUUCCGAAGACACGGUCGGGCAAGAUGCUCCGGCGUGUGCUUAAAGAGAUGGCAGAAAAUGCCAUUCGCGGCGAGUUUGAUAAAGAGGUUAUGGUUCCCAGUACAAUCGAGGACUUGGCUACCUUGGAUGUUGCUCGAGCCAGAAUCAACGAAUACUUUGGGCAGGUAGAAGCCAGUAAUUCUGAGGAUACCAUGGUCAGGGCGCGCCUAUAA